UGAUUGGAUUAUACUUCCUCUUUCUGCUCCUCUCCAGGGAAGCUUCGGGGUGUCGUUGACAGGGCGAGCAGAGAUGGCGGGGAUCCGGUGGACCGGGCUGGCUUUGUGGUGGGCGUCAGCGCUUGUGGCCGGUAUUUCUGCUAAUGAAUUCAGUGUAUUUAGAUCUCCGGAGUCAGUUGUUUUCCGUGAAGGAAGUUGGCCAAUACCCGGAGAACGAAUCCCAGAUGUGGCAGCGUUAUCCAUGGGCUUCUCCAUUGAAGAUGAUCUCUCUUGGCCUGGACUGGCAGUAGGUGAUCUCUUCAGACGACCUCGAGCUACAGUUCUUGUUACCGUGAAAGGAAUAGACAAAUUGACAUUGCCCAAGAAUGGCAUAUCUUACCCAAUUGAGAAUGCAGUUCCUUUCAGCCUGGAUGGUGUUGCAAAUACAAUUCAUACCUUGUUUUCAGAGGAAACUCCUGUAGUUGUACAGCUAGCACCUAGUGAAGAGAGAGUUUAUAUGGUGGGAAAGGCAAACUCUGUAUUUGAGGAUCUUUCUGUCACACUCCGGCAGCUUCGGAAUAGAUUAUUCCAGGAUAAUUCCAUUCUGGCUUCUCUUCCCCUCAACUCAUUAAGCAGAAACAAUGAGGUUGAUCUACUCUUCUUAUCAGAAUUACAAGUUUUGCAUGAUAUCACAAGCUUGCUCUCUAGGCACAAACAUCUAGCCAAGGAUCAUUCACCAGAUCUGUAUUCUCUAGAGCUUUCUGGGUUAGAAGAAAUUGGCAAACGCUACGGGGAAGAAUCACAGCAGUUCAAAGAUGCUUCUCAAAUUCUUGCAGACUCCUUACAAAAGUUUGCAGAUGAGAUGUACAACCUCUAUGGUGGGAAUGCAAUAGUAGAAGUAGUGACAGUGAAGACAUUUGAUACUCCCUUUGUGAGGAAGUCACGAUCCAUCCUGCAGUCAACCUCCCAGAGCAAACCUGAAAAUCCAUAUAACUUAGGAUAUCCAUACAACUUCAACUAUGCUGUUGUCUUCAACAUAGUGUUCUGGAUUAUGAUAGGUCUUGCCAUAGCUGUGAUUGUUAUCUCCUACAAUCUCUGGAACAUGGAUCCAGGUUAUGACAGCAUCAUUUAUAGAAUGACCAACCAGAAGAUUAGAAUGGAUUGAGCUUAAGAUUCAAGUCAGAGGGUUCUUCCAGCAUUUUGGCAUGGUUCAGAAUGGACUCUUGCAGCUAUUUCUGUAAAGUAUCACCUUGUUUCCUUGAGGAUAUGUUCAAAAAUGUUAGCAUUUGGGUACAGUCUGUUUGCAAACUGAUGCAGUACAUUAUGAAAGCAUGAGUGAACACCCACUGAUUAUGUAUAAAUGAGUAUUUUGUGAUUGUGCAAUACAUUUUGAGCUUUAGAAAUACCCCCCCCCCGGUAUUAUGUGUGAGUAAAUGUGUGAAACAAAUGCACUGAAAGUAUCCUAGCAACUUGCUUUAUGUUAAAUUCUUUACACUGGCAGUUUAGGAUGUUCUUUUGCAACUGUGUUAUGGAUCAUAAAUUAUAAAGGUUUGCCUGUGUAAAUACUUCUUAGUUGAUUUUUGUAGUGAUUUAGUGCUGCUCUUGCUGAACCCUUGCUAUAAAAUCACCUUUAACCAUAUCUGUUGCAUUAAGGUAGAACCUGGCUUAUGUGAAUGUGCACUUGUAAUGAAUAUUUUGUCUAAAACAUUUGCACAGAAGUAAUCUGGAACAACAGAUCAAUGCAUGUUUGUGUAGCAGUAUAGGAUUUUAUAGUUAAAUGUCACUGGAUUGUACCAAUAAUGUUGGCUUUAAAAAUAACCAGUUCUGUUCAUGAUUCCCCCUUUCUCGUGUGAUUUUGGACCAGUUUUCAAACUGAGAAAUGGCACAUGAUUUUCUUUUGUCAAGUAGGGUCUAUGUUAUGCUCACAAAGCUUGGCUUUCUUACAGAAACAGCUAGAAGAUGUUUCUCAACAUCCACUGGAAGUUGAGUCUUGCAUUUAGUACCCAACAGGCCACAGGCAGAAUCUUUGAACAUUUUUCUACACUAGUAACACUGAAGAUUGUGUUAACUGUUAAUAUGACCUCUGUCUGGUUGCCAUGAGGCAUGUUCAGUUGUACAAAACACAUAUUCAAACUCUAGUGCAAAAAGUGAAAGGGGUACAUUGCCAAUUUUAAGUGGUUCUUCAUGCAUUAACAGAAUAGACAGACAAGCUUUUAUAUGUGUGCAAAAAUGUAUUAUUUCCAACCACCUGUUUGCCAUUUAUUAUUUUGUUUCAGUUAAAGAAUCAUAAGCAUAUGUUCCAUGUGUGCAAUAACUACUCACUCAUUUGCAUCACCUACAUAUAUAAACAGAAACAUACUGAAAGUACUUGAAUUCCAGUGGGAACAAAUUUUGUUUUAGUAAUCAGCCUCUACAUUAAAUAUUUAUUUUCUUCAA